CAGUAAUGAACCACUCUCAGGCAAUCGCCGAAGCACGCCGCCAGAGAGAUUGGCAGCUUCUACAAUGAGUCGACACGUCCUGAUCAUCGGCGGCCAUGGUAGGAUUGCUCAGAUCCUUACGCAGCAACUACUCAAGAAGUCGUGGACUGUUACUAGCCUCGUUCGGAGCCAGGAUCAAGUCUCCCAGCUCAACAGCCUGGCCACACCUAACCAGGGAAAUUUGAACGUGCUGGUCCGUAAUUUGGAACAUGUCCAUGAUACUUCCCAGGCAAGAUCGAUCCUCGAUGAAGUCAAACCAUAUACCGUUGUUUGGUGCGCUGGAGCAGGUGGGGAGGCAAGGCCUGACCGAACGUUUGCCAUCGACCGAGAUGCUGCCAUUAACUUUAUUAAGGCUGCAGUCCAAGUGCCGACUGUUAAAAAAUUACUUCUUAUUUCGUAUAUUAACUGUCGUCGAGAGCGACCUAGUUGGUGGGAUGAGGACGCCUGGAUAUACGCUCAAGAGAUGCAGAGAGGCGGUCUCUUGAGCUACUGUCAAGCUAAAUUAGCAGCAGAUGAGAUACUUCUUCAGGAGGCGUCCAGUCGAACUGACUUCUCGGGGAUAAGUCUUCGCCUGGGCAUACUGUCGGACGAACCCGCAGGGUUGAUCGAACUUGGAAAAACUACAACGUCGAGGGGUAGUGUUAGCCGCGCAUCUGUAGCUGAAGUUAUUGUGUCGCUGCUUGAGCAUGAGACGGUGCAGACAGCCUGGUUGGAUAUGCUUGAUGGCGCUGAAGAUAUUGAAACUGCUGUUGAACGUGUAGUCAAUGACCGAGAGAAUGCGGCUGAGGAAGGAAAACGACCGCAGACCUAGAUGGCCUCAACUUGAAUCGUGGGUAUAUGGAUGGCACUCAGAGUUUGAGACACGUUGUGAU